AUGCAUCCAAUACUUCACGUACUGUUAUGCGUCUUGGGCAUUUUCAAGUUGUGUCGAGGCUCACAACUUGCUCGCAUUGAACAAGUUCUAGGAAUAGAGGAUAUUAAUGUACCGAGGAUCGAUCUAUCAUCAAGUGAUAAUGAUGAAAUGGCCUAUCUUGGAAAUUUCGAGAGCCUCAACUUCUACAGAUACACAGGACAGCAAAAUUUCACACAAAAUAUCACUAAAGCUUCCAGCCAUUUGAUUUAUUAUUCAAAUGGAACUUACAUCUAUGUGGACUCACCUGUGGAUUCCGAUAAUAGUACAAAUGCUCAAAUUGAUCAUAUAGUCCCUUUCGGAGAUGAUUCUUUCAUCUUGAGUGGACAAGGAACAAUACUAGGAUACCAAUUAGAUCACCAAGUGCUACUUAACAUCUCGAAUCUUGAGUGCAGACAUAUUUUCAACGGCAGUCUCUCUUCUAUUAAAGCUAUUCUUGUUGACAAUGAUGUAGCGUAUUUUGGGGGCUCUUUUAACUACACUGUGUCGAACAAGACAGGACACAGUGCUAUUCUUUGGAAUUCUACUGGUGAUUUUGCUUCGCUUCUUCCGUUUGGUGGAUUUGGCUCUAGCUCAAUUGUAAAUUCAAUUGUGAAGUUGAAUGACGAUAACAUACUUUUUGCCGGUAAAUUCAACACUCUGGAUGAUGAACAACUUUUGAAGGCCAGCAAUAACACAGAUUCGCAAAACACAACUUUGGCGGAAUAUAGUCAAAUAGUGUCCCUAAAGCAUGGCGAAUGGUCUUCUCAAGGUUCCCUCGAUUCGAAUAAUAUGAUAUGUCCGUUAUCAAGUGAUCAAGAUGGAUGGACUUUGUCUGGUUCUACUAGUGGUUCUUUUUCCCUUUCCCUUGCCCAUACGGUUAUUCCAAAUAAGAUUCGAAUCUACAAUUCCUUGUCCGCUGAUGAUCAAAUCUCCCUAUUCAGAGUUAUUACUUCUCCGGCAGAUGGCAUAAUGAACCUCACAUAUCUGGAUCCUUCUACAGGUGAACUGGAAACAUGUGACGCUUGGUGCCCUCUUUUAUCAAGUAAGGAAAUACAAGAGGCAGCAGCUAAUACCACAACAAAUGAUACGUGGUCAUAUUUCGGAAACAAUACAAUAUUAAGCUGGUCUGCAGAUUAUCAAGAAUUCGCUUUCGUGAACGAAAUUCCUGUUGAGGGCCUUACAUUUAUGGCGCUCAACUCCUAUGGAUCAAAUGUUGGACUAAAUAGUAUUCAACUUUAUGAGGGACAAUUUGCGAUUUACGCAAACAAUUCGUUGAAUGAAGCAAACUGUGAUGAAAUUCAAACUUUCUCAUAUUCCGAAUUAUCAGCAAAUGCUGAAUGGAAAGGAAGUUCAGACUAUGUGUACGCAACGUACGAUGAUACGAAUGGCUUACCAUACGUGAAUUUUUAUCCUAACAUUACUUAUCCUGGUGAUUACACCAUAAAUCUUUACACACCAGGGUGCCAGGACGAUGGCACGUGUAAUGAAAGAUCAAUUGUAAAUGUCACAGUAUGGGAUCAGAAUAAUAAUUCGGCGCUUUCAAGUGUACUAAUCUAUCAGAACAAUGAUUACGACAAAUACGAUUCGAUUUUUUCCGGAUCAUUAUAUUAUGCCCCCAUGAUUUCCAUAAAAUAUCACUCUGGGAUAUAUGGCAGUAGUACCUCAGAAAACGUGAUUGUGGCUAGUAAAGUCGAAGUACUUAUUGAAGCCAUUGACGGGGCGGCGCAUAAUUCCACAAUGGAUAACUCUUUGAAUGGCCUUUUCCAGUACCAGCUAUCGAAUUUCACCUCCGCCCUUAUGAGUAAUUUAUCGAUAGUUGGUAAUACGUCAAUUGAUUCCCUUUCAUUAGAUCACUUUCCUUCAAAUGCAGAGCUUUUCGCAAGCUCUUAUGGCAACUUUCUAUUGAUCGGGGGUUCAGGAGGUGAAAUUAUACAAAUUACUAUAGGCGAAAACUUAGUAAUGGAUGCCAAUAAAACUAACCUAAUAUCAGGAAAUAUACAAGGCAUACAAACCUAUUCUGACGGGCUUUUGUUAAUGAGUAGUGUCUCUUCUAAUGAAACUUCGGUGUUUAAUUUUAAUGGUACCCUUAAUACGUGGGGCAACUUUAGCACUCAAAUUGAAAAGUUCAGCAAUAUUACGAUUGCGGACAAUGAAUUGCUAAUAUUUCAGAUCGAGUACAUUUUUAAUACAUCGUCAAAUGAAUACGUCUCCAAUUCAUCGGCGUUUUCAAUAUUCAUUUCUUCUGCGGGCUCUAACUCGUACGGUGACACGCUAUUCUUUGGGGCUGUGGGUCAGAAUGAGUAUACAAAUUUGGAUGGCGGAGUAUUUUUUAAUGCUUCUAAAUCUAUAAGCACACAACAUUUGCCUCAUAAUUCGAAUAUGAUUCUUUAUGAUGCGAUUUAUAUUAAUGAUUCUGCUACUGCCUAUGCAUAUUAUGAUGCAGACUCCUCUCAUAAUGAACAUGGUGUACUUAUACAGUCUCUUGACACUACUACCCAGAUGCCUAUCAGAUGGCAUAGCCCUAUCUCUUCAAUGAUCUAUAUGAAGAAUGAAUCCCUAUUGGCAGUUGGCACCCAAAACGCUACAGAAGCCCCGCAACUUGUGCUUAGAAAUCUAUCCAAUCAAGCUAGUGUUGCCGAUUUGAGUUGGAGCAAUAAUGUAUCAAUCAACAGCAUGAUUUUUUUCGAAAAGAACCAUUCUGUACUUGUUGGUGGUGACUUUGUUGUAGAGAAUGUCAGUUGUUCUGGAUUAUGUCUUUUUGAUUAUAGUCGGGCUGAAUGGAAGCCGUUUUACAAUAACAAAGUUAGUGGAACUGUAACAGACAUGAAAAUUUUUAAUGGUACUGAUCUCUUGAUUUCUGGCAGCUUAAAGGUUGAGAACAAGUCGUCAGUUGCUUUGGCCGGGAUACAAUUAAAGGAUGGAAAUUCGAGUAUAAUAUACGCUGGGAAUAAUUUAGUGGAGACUUUUAUUAUCGCCAGCAAUUCGACUGAUGACAUUUUUGCUCUUAACAAUGAUGGAGUAAUCCAUAUUUCAAAUGGUACGGCUGAGACACUUACAACAUCUGAUUUCCAGAGUGAAUCGAGAUUCAAUGCAAUUCAACUGCUAUCGGUAGCUGAAGAUAAUAAAAAUGCAAAUGACGCACUACAAAAAAGAGCCGAUCCGGCCCUGUCUUUGCUUGUUGCUGGGGAAAUGCAGCAUAAGAAGUACGGUAAUUUAAGCGCGAUUUUAUAUGAUGAUGGGGAUUGGGUACCAUUUUUUUCAACAACACGUAAAUUCAAUGAUUUGGGGUUAAUCGGCGGACAAAUAUUCAGUAAUAGAGACGAUUCCUCCCUCUUCUCUAGCCAAGUUACAUUGUCAGCAAAUUCAACUCUGAAUUCAACUUCUUCUAGCCCUCAAGCUGGUAGCUCUUCAACGACGACAGCCCCGGCUACAAUUUCAAGCGGCAAUGGUUCACGUAAAGAAAAGCGUGUCCAUCGUGGAUUUGUCGUUCUAAUUGGUUUGGCAUUGGCUGUGGGAACGGUAGCACUUUUAGGAACGAUCGGUGUCUUAUUAUCAUAUUUCAUUGGCAAUAGUGGCAAGUAUCAACCCUUGACACCACGUAUAGAUGAGAGUGAGAUGAUAGAAACAGUUCCGCCGGAAAAAUUAAUGAAAUUUAUUUGA